UCUACGUAAUAAAACAACAACAUCCGUAUCUGAGCUACUGACUGAAGCAUCAUUUCAUCAGCUAGGAGUGUUAAAUAAUUUGUACACAAAGGCGAGAUUUAAAACAUCAAUGUUCCAGACAGACCGCAAUGAUGUAUAUUUGUCGAUGUAUUGUAAAGGGUUCUGCUUCUGAAACAAGGAGCCAACGUUCAAAUCCCGCCCACGUCGCUAGGAACAGCUCCGAGGACGUUCCUGAUAAAAAUAUUUCCCAAGGAAUUCUUCAGUCCGUAGGGAAGUUUUGGAAAAAUCACGAGCACGAAGACUUUCAAGUGAACAUCGAAGGAGAAUGCAUCAAGUGUCAUUCAUUUAUUCUCGCCUCUUGUUCGGAGUUUUUCGAAAGUUUGUUCAGAUCUAAUAUGAAAGAGAAACUAGACAUGAAAGUUGACUUACAGAAUAUUCCCCUGAACAUUUUUCAGCUGAUUCUCAAAACUCUAUACACCGGAUGUAAGUUGUUAAAUGUAGACAAUGUCUUGGAGGUUUGGUCAGCAGCUCAUCAGCUUCAGAUUCAUUUCCUGAUUAAACACUGUGAAGAUUUUAUUCUUGAAAACAUAACUCAAGAAACUGUAGAGACUUACAGAAAGCAGGCGGAUUUCCUUCAGUCUAAGAGAGUUUUUUUAGGAACACAUAAAUAUAUUCUAGAGAACUUUAGGACAUUAAGACAAACUGAAUUAUUUUUACAAUUAGAUGUUAAAGAAUUGUGUAGACUUAUUGAAAGUGACCAACUCAAUGCGAGUUCUGAAGAUGAAGUCUUAUAUUCAAUCUAUGAUUGGGUGAAUUAUGGCGACUUGACAACCCAGAAUGUCCAAGAAAUGGUAAAAGCGAAAGGUGCUGGCUAUAACACAGAUGAUAACUCAUCUAUUAAUGACAUGGAUGGUAAUUAUAAAGAAGAAAAACAAGCUCCGGCAGUUCCAAGUCAAGCCAAUGAAAGAAAAAAAUAUUUGCAUCAACUUGUCAAAGCGACCAGGUAUUUUCUGCUCUCUGAACCUUGUAUCAACAAUCUCUUUUGCAAUAAAUUAACAAAGAAUAACACGCAUGUUAAGAAUAUUUUGUUUGAAGCAUCAGCAUUUCAAAACAGUAACAAUCCUUACAGGUUUUGGCCAACUGCAGCCAUACAUCGUGAUAGCAGUACCUCAGAACAAGUUGGGGUCAUGUAUAAUUAUGGACUGGACGUUUUUUCCUUGAAAAGAAAUGGAUGGCUUUACAAUUCGGGCUCUUAUUUAGCCAAUGUAAAUCUCCAGCUAACAACUUUGAAAGACCAACUCUAUGCGCUUAACAACAAGAAUAAUAAAAUGGAGGUCUUACAUUUUGUGAACAAUAGCUGGGUCAGCGUGUUUCACUCUGACAAUGAAACAAUGAAUUUGUUUCUGUCACACGAUAAGUACAUUUACGUGUUCAGUUCUGACAAUUUAACUAUAAAAAGAUUUCAACCUCACAAUCCAGGGGCAACAACUGAACAGUUUCAUCACUCUCUAAAAAAUGCAAAGUACGCCAUGAGUUUUAAACGCUACAUUCUUGUCUUUGAGGAAGUGGAAAACGGCCAAACAGCCAAAGCACGAGUCCAUGGAUGGGAAACGGAAGCUUAUGUCUGGACACCUUCAGUUAAGCUUGAUAAUGUCUGGAAACUUUCAGUUAAGCUUGAUUUAUCUGCUGACAAUAUGACCCACUUUCAAGACGAGAAAUACGUGUACAUUCUAGACAAGUUUGGGCAUCUGUACCGCGUGGAGCACUCUGAAAAAAUUCAAUUCACAUUCAUUGUACAGAUCUGGGAUUUCGAAGCGGAGCUGAAAGGAGCUCUUCUAUUUAAGAACAAAUUGUAUUUAUGCGGCGUUUUCCCUGAGAAUGGGAAAUAUUACCACGAAGUGAAGGGUGUCUACUCGUCGCUCAAAGUUCUGAGAAUGUUUAGAACGAGGUCAAACUUUGUUCCUUUUGUAAUUGCAAAAACUCUUCUGAAAUGAGUGUGGUGAAAGCUUCUGACGAAAUUACCCCAAAACAAGGCGAAUAACUUCGCAAGGGAAGGAACAUAAUAUAACUGAGACUUUAUUCCUAGCACCGAACAUCGUGACAGCAUAUCAUCUUUUGUUUCAUCAACAUUGUAAUUUGUAAGCGUUAGGGGAAUUGUGACUAGAUAAUGAAUGGCAAUAAUUUUCAAACGAUAUUUCGAUGCUUUUAAAAUAUGAGCUUGGAGAAUGAUUAUAAAAAUAAAAUCUGUUCCAAACACUGAUAAAUCAGAAUUUAAAAGGA